AUGCGCUCAAUAUUUUUAUGUUCUUUUUCUCGUCGAGCAUUUGGAAAGCUUGCAUUUCUCACUCUAAGAGAUGAUUCUGGGACAAUUCAGUAUGGAAGAAUCCUCACUCAAGUUGUUCAAUGUUUGAAACAGCUUUAUUGUGAAAAGACGAGAUUUUUAAGUGAUCAGUUUGACGAGCUUAAGAAUCUUGUUGAUAUUGGUGGCAUACUUGGUACAAGUGGCUCAAUUAAGCGAACUGAGAAAGGGGAACGUUCUGUCUAUGUGAACUCUUAUGCAAUUCAUACAAAAUCUCUACUGCCCUUGCCAGAUAAAUACCAUGGUCUAACUCAUAUGGAUAAGCGUUACCGGCAACGGUACAUUGAUAUGAUUUCCAAUCCUGAAGUAGCUGAAGUAUUUCGGAAGAGAUCAAAGAUUGUAUUAGAGUUACGCAAGACAGUGGAAUCUUUUGGAUUUCUCGAAGUUGAACCUUUAGUUCUACAGGGAGAAGCUGGUGGAGCAGAAGCAAGACCAUUUGUUACCUACCAUAAUUUGCUAGGAAGGGAUCUUUAUUUGAGGAUAGCAACAGAGCUCCACUUGAAGAGGAUGCUGUUUGGCUGGUUCGACCCAAGGAAUUCUGUGUUGGAGUGGUCCAUUCUACUUAUUGACAACUUGAACCGAAGUGGAUCAAUGGAGUUUGUUGUUCCCCCAACAGACUCAUCUGUAUUUUUCCCGAUUUCUGUCUUAUUGUAG